CUGAGGCGGGCGGCGGGCUCCCGGCUCCCGGCUCCCGGCUCCGCUCCACGGGGAGGGGCGGAGGGGGGGGGGGCGGCGAUGACACAGAACCCGGCGGCCACUGAGGCGGCGGCGGCGGCGGUGGGAGGAGGAGCGGCGGAGCGGGGGUGAGGUUAAAGGCAUAUGUGCUCUAUGAUGGCUUGAGUUUGCUUACCAUGACUCCAAGCGGAGGCAUCUGGAACUGAGAUUGGGCAGCUUUCCCACUAAUGGCCAAGACUAGAGAUCAGCCGGUCUGCUGAAGCCAUGGGGAGUUGCUGGAGCUGUCUGGAUAAAGACACAAUCUCAGAAACCCAUCCAACCAAAUUCAAGGUGACAAACGUGGAUGAUGAUGGUAAUGAGCUGGGCUCUGGGAUCAUGGAACUGACCAACUCUGAGUUAAUUUUGCACACCAGGAAACGAGAUGCUGUGAGAUGGCCGUACCUCUGUCUGCGGCGUUAUGGUUAUGACUCCAACCUCUUCUCAUUUGAAAGUGGAAGAAGAUGCCAAACUGGACAAGGCAUUUUUGCCUUCAAGUGUGCACGUGCUGAGGAGAUUUUUAACCUUCUCCAAGAGAUCAUGCAGUGUAACAGUAUUAAUGUCGUCGAGGAACCCAUGAUGAUAUCGAGAAACCCUCAUCCGACGGAACUUGAUUUACCAAGGACGCCACAGACUCCAACCACCCCUGGUUUCACUGUGUCUGGAUUUCCAAAUGGAUUCCCUUGUUACCCACCAAUGGGUGAUGGCUCCUCUCACCCCUCGACUCGACAUCCUUCCAUUGGAAGCGCACGUCUCUCCUCAGUGGGUGAAGAGUCCACCCACCCUCUGAUUGUAGGAGGUGAUGAUCAGAUUCACACAUAUGUGAACACUUCCAAUGUCGAUGAGGAGCGGAAGAGAAGACCCUGUGUUCACGGUCUGACCGAACCGCGACCCUCCAUCUCUGAAAUGAUGCAGAGCCACACAAGUCACUGCCCUGCAGUGGAAGACCGAUCUCCUCAAGUCCUACUGCAGCCAGGUGAGGUUAAGUUUGUCCUGGGACCAACACCGGUUCAGAGAAGAAUGAUGGAGCUCGAAAGAAUGGAUCGACAAAAAGAACAUGUUGAAUACUGCGGCGGAGGCUUGAGUUUCCAGGACCGAGAUAUUGCCCAGGAUGGCGAUGACCAGAGUGUGGUGUGCGUCCCUAACAAGAUGACUUACGAGAAUGUUAAUGGUUUACCUGUGACAUCUGGUACAGGACUUCGACGAGGUCGGCUUAAGAUGAGUGGGGAUAGCCAGAACCUUAAUAACUGUGCUCAUAGGAAGACAGCCAUGCUGAACUAUGAAAAUCUGCCCUCUUUACCUCCUGUGUGGGAAAGCCAGACACAAAGGCGGGAGGAAGAGGAUUGGAGUGACUCUGGAACUCCCCCGCAAAAUGGAUACCACAGUAACCUUGACCCACUGCGGAACUACGUCAACACGGAGAAUGUAACAAUUCAGCCUGGUUUACAUAAAGUAGACUUCACGCGGCGGCGAGAUUGCACUCCAAACGUCUUCAGCUUUGACUUUAGACGCCCGUGCCCCGAGCAGAGGCAAUUAAACUACAUCCAAGUGGAGCUGGAGGGUGCCAGUGACUCAGAUAACCCCCAGACCCCCAAAUUGCCCAGCACUCCAGUCCCGCCAACUCCCACACGUAGGACUGAGUUUUACGCUGUUAUAGACAUUAAAAAGACAGCUGCUAUGUCCAGUUUGCAAAAAGCACUACCAAGGGAUGACGGGACGUCACGCAAGACAAGGCACAACAGUACAGACCUGCCAUUCUCUUCGUUUGUUGGGACCCACUGCUAGCCAUAAUUGCCAUUAAAAAUGAAUUCAUUGAAAGUGUCCUACUUCUGAAGUGUCAAAUAUGGUACAUUAUCAUCUGCAUUUUCUUCUUUAAAGAAAACUUUGCCUUUUUUUUUAAGGGACAGUCUCUGUCCAAAGGUCAGAAAUACACAAACAUUUCAGAAUGGCUUUAAAUUAUUACUACAUUCCUGCAGUGAUCUUUUGAGUUUAAGACUCUUGGUAAAGAAAUAAACAUUUUGAUGGGCUGCUACUUUAAGAAUAGGGCCAUGUGCUUUUAGUAAAUUUCAAUGCUUUAUGAAGUCAUUUUCUUCGUUGAUGUGCAUCCUAUUUAAUGAAGAAGACCAUGUGCAGGCCCUUGGAAACAUACUGUCUCUUUGAUCCAGGUUUCAGGAAGACUGUUGAAGGUGUUUGCAGACAGUCAUUACUAUGCAUCAGUCAGCAUCAUUUUGCCAUGUAUCCUGUGGCAAAUUAUAUGAGAAUUACAUGGAGUAGCUCAGUCACAACUGUCAAUGAUGUUAAGGAUGUUUGGUACAAAUUCCAAAGGUGAUCUGCUCAAUGAAACACUUUCAGUUUUCAUUAUCAACAGAAAUCAAAUUAGUGUUUGACUUUAAUUUGAUCCCUUAUAGCUGUAUUAAUAAAAUCAGCACAAGUACAAAUUAAGUGUGUUGUGCUUCCUCAGUAUCUCUUUAAGUAGCUAUCCCAUGCCUGGUGGGGGAAGACAACAGUUGAGUGCAAUGGAAUGACAAACAAUCUGCUGGAGGAACUCAAGGGGUCAAUCAGCAUCUGUGGGGGGAAAGGAACUGUUAAUGUUUUGAGUCAAAACCUUGCAUCAGGACUGAGUAGGAUGGUUGAGUUCUGGCAGUGAUAUAUUUGAGACAGUUGCACUUGUUUGAGACGCAGGCUGGAAUUUCUUUACCAAGUUCUGCACCGGGGCUCACACUGAAGGGUGUGGGUUUGCAUUCUGCGUGAGGAGCAGCCUUUGGCUGGACACCCACCACAUGUCUUAACUCUCACAUGUGAGCAGUGGCCAUUCUGUCACAAUUUUCGAGUUUGCCAAGAUGGGAGGGAGGAAGCUGUUUCACCAAGCUCAUCCAUUUCAAGAAUGGUUCAGUGCCUUUGCAGAAAUAAGGUGGGGAGGGGUGAUCAAGGAAGAGGAAAUGAAAAUAAAAUGGCUGAAAAGUAUUGAUGCGGUAAAUUAGGUUCAAAUGUUCAUUGGGAAUGUUCAAAAAAAUAGUGGAUACAGUGAGGUGGGCAAUAGUGACUUUGUAGUAAUAUUCUUUUAUUAUUGAUACAUGCAACAAAAUUUCAGUUCUUUAAGUUUACAAUACAUCUGCUUAGAAAAAGGGAAAAUACCCAACGUUCUCGAUCCUUUCGAGCAACAAACAGGGAGCUUUGGAAGUGAUAUGUAUUGUGCACUUGCAUCAAAAAAAUGUGCUUUCAUCUAGCUGGCCUUCUGCAAUUUAUAUUGAACAUCCUUAAUUUGUCUUUUUCUUUUUCUGUUAUUGGCUUCUUGACAUUUUCAGGGUUACAAAAUGUGCCAAACAAAGUGCCAACCUUCCAUGCAUGAAAUAGUGUUGAACAAAAUCCAGUCAGUCUGGUGCCUUGUUUACACUGAGACUUGCUCGCUCCUUCAGAUUGUUGGUACUUUAAUUGCUAACUUGUGUGUUGUGUUUUAGCUGUAGUUAAACAAAAAGGCCAGAGUUCCUUUUUAUCACCCUAUACUUUUACCAUUAAAUGUGACCACUGAACAAGUGUUUGGCCAUAAGCCUUUCAUAUGAGUCUGUGGGAAUGGAAAUAGUGUAAUAACUACCUGUAAUUGACCACAUUGCCUGACAUUUUGAGUUUGUUCAACUUUCUCAAUAUGCCUUUUAAAGCUGCAGUAUAUUUAUGUCUUUUGUAGAGUGAGUUGAUGGGUGUGAACUACCCAAACAAAAACAAAAUCGGGUUUAGGAAAGGCAUCACUGUACUCAAGUCUCCUAAAGUUCAUAGAAUCAUAGAAAUGUACAGCACAAAAAUGGGCCCUUUUGGCCUAUGUCACCAUGCCAACCACAAUGCCUACCUACGCUAAUCCUAUUUGACUGCAUUAAGCCCAUAUCCCUCUGAGCCUUUCCUAUCUGAGUACCUGUCCAAGAUGAUAUAAAAAAAAAUGUAAUUAAGAUGCUUAAAAUUGUACAAAGUUUCAGUUUCAUGCAUUAAUGUCUCGAGCUGUCAAAGUCUUGUAUCAUAUUAUCCUAUUGAUAUAAUUGAAUCUUAUACACCGUAAUCUUCUUUUAAAAUCCCUGUGAUGUUAGCUGCUGUGAUAAUGCAAAAUGUCAUUAAUUCACAUGACAUUCCUGGAUCUAAUUCCAUUUAUUAUUCGGGUACAUAGGGUUUGCUUAAUUCCUUUAGCAGCCUACCCAUACUAAAUUAUAAUUACAGGAAGUCCCCAGAUUACGAAUGAGUUCCGUUUUUGAGUCUGUUCGUUAGUCAAAUUUGUAUGUAAAUCGGAACAGUUACGUACAGUUCACACCUAGUGUCAAUUAGUCAAAUGUUUGUCUUAGUAUAUAGUAUAUAUUUUACCUAAAACGUUAUAAAUAUAAUAAUGCUUAAAACGCGCAGUGUUUUGAGCAUCGUGCAAAGUAGUCUACCCGUUCGUUAGUACGAACCGUUGUAUGUAACUCGAUUUUUUUUAAAUAAUAGGCUUUACAGAGGUCGGUUCGUAAGUAUGGGCGUUCGUAAAUCGGGCGUUCGUAACCCGGGGACUUCCUGUAUUACAGUGAUGAGAGAUAAUGCUGCACUUCAGUUUGCAUUAGGUUUGGUACUUUUAUAGCUAAAAAAGGGUCCACUUACUAGGCAGAAUGUAUAAAAUAUUGCUAAGUUGUUAUCUUUGCACAGUUGACGUUUUUGCUUGUUGAUUGUGGCUUGGUAUUUAGAAGAAGCAAUGUGCCACAUUGCUGUAACGCCAGGAGGUAAUGGAGAUUUGGACUGAAAGUAGGGUUUUUGUGUGUUCUUCUCUUUUCCUUUUUAAAUUUGCUUGAUUGUGUGAAUGUUUAGUAAGACACCAAGUACUUGCCCUCAGCAGGAUUUGUGAAGUUAGGUUAGAAUCACAGUGUGCUUUGCUCACAGUUUUCACAAUUAAAUUGUGAAUUGUACAGCAAGGAAAUGCAUGAAAUUAAAGAAACAAAAUCAAAUUCGGUCUUUGGAGAAGUGGCUCGAUCUCCUGUGGAUUGUUGAGGUUGUGCAGUGAGCAUCUGGCUUAUUACAGAACAGACAUCUCUUUGGUUCGGAUCUGACCUGUGUGGAUUGACUUUAGCUAAUUGUAACAGUAGGAAUCGUUGAUUUACAGAGGGAAGUGUAAAACCAAACUGUAUUCCCGAAUUUUAUUGUUUUCCAGUGAUUCCUGCUAGAGUUGUUCUCUUAUGGCUGUCAUGAGGGCAGGACGACAUUUAGAGCAAUGUUAAAAUUGGUAGAGCUAUCAACCUGACAUUAGUCAUACUCCAUGGACAGUGAGCUAGCCGCUUCCAUCACAGUUCCUGGAGGUAUCCUGUCAUAGAUGCACAGAGAUGGAGGCAGGGGGUCCAUAUUGAACAACACUAGGUAGAAAGACCUGAAGCAGCAAGCUGUGAUUAUCCUCUGUUCCCGAAUAUGAGGUUGAACGUAAGAAAUAAGAAGCAUUUAGAUUAGUCUGCCUGGUAACAACUAUUGUUGGAGGAACAAGUAUUUCUCAUUCCAUUCCUUACAAACAAAUUAAGUGUUGAAGCAAGGGAAGUAAAUGGAUCAUAAGGAGUAGACAGUUAGUGUCCAGCACACUAUUCCACCAGGUGGAGCCAAUGUAUAACAGUUUAAGAAUUUACAGUUGAAUUCAAUUCCAUGCAAUGUGAGAUUUUAAAAUCUGUGCUUAAUAAUUGGGUAGAAGCUGGUUCAUUAAUCAGUUAUUUGUAUUGUGUUUUUAACUAUUACUUCCAUGUGUUCAAACUGACAAAUGCAGAAAUUGUAACCAAAUGAUGAAUAUAUUGCAGCUUUGAAAAUAUGUUCAGUAUACCUUUUUGAAAGUUGAGAGCUUCCAAGCUGCAUUUACUGUUUCUGAUGGUGAGUGCAGUUGGCAAUUUUCGGCUUUGCUCCCACUGAACCAGCAUAUGUGGCCUUUGUUCUUUGAGUCCUCAUGCUAGGAUCAUCUACACCGUUCACCUCUGCGGCAAGGGAUUUUGUCCUUUUGAACUACAGCAGUUCUGUGCACAACUUUUAAAAUUCAGUCUGCCAACUAAAUGGCUCCACAGUAUUAACUUAUAAAUAUGUAUAAUGUGUGUAUAGUCAUCAGGGCAGGUUCAGCAGAGCUAAAGAAUGUAACUUCUUUCCCACUUUGUGCCCUCUUUUGCACUCAUGGGUCAGACAUUAGAUCAAAUGUGAAGACUGAUAUUUGCUUUCGAUUCCUGGAUGUGGCUGAGGUGCAUUGGUUGGGUUCUGUAGCAGCCUUGUUUGGUUUGUCUUAAGUGAGGAUUUCUAAUUAGUGCCAAAUUAAGUUGAUUUAGACUUUGGGCUCAACUCUUUCUGGAUUAAGAUUGGUCAGAAUUUUUUGAAUUUAUGAGCUUAGACUGCUAGCAAAUGAAGGAGACCUUGUACUCUUCAAUUAGGAUUUGAAUCCUGACGCUAAUGGACAAGAAGCCAUGCUUUGGGCUCCACUAUAGCCAGAACUACUUCUGACCUCCUAAAUAGAAAUAUAAGUAGAAAUGAUAGUUUGCAACUGGGUCUUGCACCCUGUCCAUUAUCAUUCUGCCGUAUAGCUACAGUUUCUUCACAGCAACCCCAAGGCAAGAGCAGUGAUUGUCUCUGAAGCGAUUGUUGCGCUCAACAUCAACUGAAGGUCAUUUUAAAUCUGUGGAUAAAAGCCAAGCGUCCUUGAAUCUCUUGUUGACUUUCUUUGGCCAGAUUUAUAAGUGUAAUUUCAGCCUUAAAGCAAUGGCCAUUAUAUUUCCUAAAACCCACGGGAGCUCUCUGGCUAAGGCACUAUGUACCAGGCAAAAUUUUAAAUUUGAGUUCUUUUUAUUAAUUCCUUUACAAAGCUAUUUUUAACCCUUUUUUUUGUAAGAAAUGAGGAAAACUGACCUCUGACUGGGACAGCUAAUUAAAGUUAUGUUUACAGGUUAAUGUUAAAAUUCUUUUACAGCACAAGUGCCUAAGUUACCAUAUGAAUAGGCUGGUAGCAGUACUUAGCAGUAACUCUCCUUAGAAGUGGUUUUGGUGGGGUAGGGUGGGGGAAGAUUAAAAGACCCAAUGCUACCAUUGCCAACAUUUGGUUCAUUACAUUACUUUUGAAAUAUAAUGCUUUGCCUGACUAUAUCUAUAAUAUGUAAAGGUGAGAAGCAAGUGCCUUAUCACUAUGCUAGCAAGAUGUUUAGACAGAAACAAGAGUUUUAAAUGCUGUCAUAUUUGGCUACACUUUUUCAUCUUGCUGUAAUGGCCAUAACAUUCACAAAUUCAUGUUCUUGGCCUAAAGUGGUUAGUGUCGUCAGGGAUGUAAAAGUGGAAAGUGGUUUCAUUCUUCAGCACUGAUGACCAAUAUUCAGUGAACACUUGUGUUUUUCAAAAAUACUGGGAAUUCAAUGAAAGUGUUUAAAUCGGGUAAUUUCAAUGUAGGUUGUAGGGACUGUGAAUGAUUUGAAAUGCCACUGUUGACCUGCUAGUGACAUUUAGAUGCCUGUAGUCAAAAGCGCAUUUGCGCAGAUUUUGUUGUGCAGUUACUUUUUAAUUUCAGUGGGAGCAAUCCCUUCAGUAUUGUGUAAAGUUUCAUGAAUGAAAACUCUGAGCAGGUUCCAGGCCAUGUGCAUCACUGUCUUAAGGUACUUCAUUUCUCUGCACGUGCUGAUCUGCUGGCAGUUUUGUAGAAGUUUCUUGUGUACUGCACGUCGGUACGUAGAUGCCCUUGGAUGCUGCUGUAUAUGUCAGCUUCUGUGAGCUUUCGCAAGGUACGGAUGAAGGUAAUCACAGAAUUUUCUGAAUGUGGACGGGACUCAGUGAAUCUGAAGAGAUGCAGAAACAUUUUUUUUAGCUGAAUUAAACUGUACCUAUUUAAAAAUCAGCAUUUUAAAAAUAGAAUGAACCAUUUUUGUUCUGGAUUGCUUCAAAAGCAGAAAGCUGAUAUUUUGCGUUGCUGAAGUAUGAUUUUUUUUCUCUGGGUUUGUGUGAGUAAAUUUUCCAACCUUCCAUUAAAGCAGUCGUUCAGAAUAUCCUCUGGUGGUGUUCGAACAGCUUCACAUAUGAUUCUGAUGGGAUAAAAUGACGUUAAACUCUCCAACUAAGUAUCUUUUGCCAAAUCACCCAUUUGCAUGAACAUAAUUCUAUUUACAAUCUGAACACUAUUUUCAAGCGAGCAGGUUUUGGGCUGCCUUUGUUUAAAAUCAUUACCAUGAUUUGACCCAAACAAUGUAGAGUUCAGAGAAUUCAUAGAGUUGUACAGCAUGGAAACAGGCCCUUCAGCCCAAGUGGUCCAUGCUGACCAUGAUGCCCCAUCAAAACUAGUUCCCGUUUGCCAGUAUUUGGUCCCUAACCUAAACAGAAUCAGACUGUUCAGAAAUCUGGUGGCGGAGGGGAAGAAGCUAUUCCUAAGUCAUUGAGUGUGGGUCUUCAGGCUCCUGUACCUCCUCCCCUAUAGUAGUAAGGAGAAGAGGGCAUGUCCCGGAUGGUGAGGGUCCUUGGUGAUGGAUGGCACCAUCUUCAGGCACCACCUCUUGAAGAUGUCUCGAUGGUGGGGGGGGGGGGGGGGUUGUGCCUGUGAUGGAGCUGGCUGGAUCUACAACCCUCUGCAGCCUCUUGCGAUCCUGCACAUUGGAGCCUCCAUUCCAAGCUGUGAUGCAACCAGUCAGAAUGCUCUCCACCGUACAUCUAUAGAAAUUUGCAAUUUGUCCAACUGUCUUUUAAAAGUUAUUUUACCUGCCUCAGUAACUUCCUCUGACAGCUCAUUCCACAUAUAUACAACCCUUUGUGUGUGAAAAAAAAUAAAGUUGCCUCUCAAGUUCACCUUAACCUCUCACCUUAUACCUACACCAUCUAGUUAUUGAUUCCCCAACCCUGGGAAAAAGGUUUGUGACAUUUGUACUCCCAGAUGUCAAAUCAGACCUGUGCUUCUCACAUUGGCAUAUUUGCAAACAGAGGUCUGAAAAAAAAAUAUCCUGUCAUCCCUGGUCCCAUUUGGCUUGUGACCUUAACUAAUUGUGCAGCCCAGGUACCAGUUAAAACUGACUUACACUAAAUCAGCAGACUGAAUUUCCAAUUCAACUGCAAAGAGCUUUUUACACGGUAGGGAACUGUGUGGGCAUCUGCAAAUUCUGUGAUUAUCCUAUCAUCUAAGCCCUGAUGUCCAUGAGUUUAUGAACUGUGCUGUUUUUAACCCUUUCCAAUCCAUGACGAGUUCAAACCCACUUCACUAAUUCUUAAAGUCUGAUGGUACUGAUUAUCAAUAGCUGCUGGAUUGAUAAAAUGAAGCAGUUAAUAAACAGCUAUAGUUCAGCCUAGUUGUAUUGAUGCUCCUCAGUAGAUUUUGCACAUCUUUUAUUUAAAGUACUGGUAUCGCCUGCACUAUAGCAGCAUUGUUAAAACUGCUCAUGCUUGAGUCAUUGCUUUAUCUUAAAAGUGUUAUUUUCUCUAUUUAAUAAAGGUGGUCCAGUAACUAAUUACCUGUUUAAAUUGAGCUUCAAAACCUUAUUAAUCAAUGAAAAGUGCUGUUGUACGAUUGUGGAUAAGGAAGGGUUAAAUGUAAUUAAUGGCCUAGUGUUCCUUGGGUAAACUGUAGGUACGCUUAAGCAGAAUAAUUAUAUUGUAAUUUCAGUAAAAGUAAUUGUAGUCUGAUCCUGAGUAUUUAUGACUUUAUUAAAGUGACUACACUAAAAAAAAUCCUCCUGAGGGAUGAACAAUUAAGUUGGAUGUUUCUGUUUUAUGGAAAUCAGGUUAUGUGUAUAAUUGCAUUGUAUUAUACUGUACUGCAAAUGUUAUGUUCAAACUAGCACCAUUUCAUACUUUGUUUAUAUGCUGUAUGGAAAUGUAUGAAAUAUAACAAGUAAAUGUUGUAAGAGCAAUGCUGUAUCAUACUUUAUUGGCCUUCAAACAUGGCAUAUAGA